AGCAGCAGAGAGCCUCCGAGUCUCGCCAAAAGGAGCGCCGCAAGCUCUGGGAAAGACGCCACACCAACCGCGAAGUCACCAAGCAGCAGACCAAGAAGAACAACGAGAAGCGCGACCGCAAGCUCGCUAAGAAGGCGGAAGCAGCCAAGGCGAAGGCUGACCUCGAGGCAGCUCAAAAAGCCGCUGCGGAAGCCAAGAAGGCCGAAGAAGCAAAAUUUUUGGAAGAUGCAGAGGCAAAGAAGAAAGAUGCAGAGAAGCCCAAGGACCAAGCCGUCCAGACGGAAGUCGCUCAGGAAGAGUCCAAGGACGUUGCUGCAGGUGACUCCAAGUCAGAUGGCACAAACGAGUCCAAGGAGGAAUCCAAGGACGAAGGCAAGCUGGAGUCCAAGGAAGAGUCUAAGGAAGAGUCUAAGGAAGAGUCCAAGGAAGAGUCCAAGGAUGAAGUCAAGGAGGAUGUCGCCGACGAAAAAGCUGCAGAUAAGACUGCUCCCAAACCGCCAGCGCAGAAGUCUUACAACUCGGAUGGCGAUUCAUCCGACUCGCCCAUCGAAGAUUGGGAAGAGCUGUAUAGCGAGGAUGACAUGGUCAGAAAGCCGCGCCUGACUCCCGCUGGACCACCCAAAAGACGCGACGAGCGUUACGAAUCUGAGGAGGAGGAGGGUCUGCCUGAUCCCUGGAACGCCAUCUGCAUUGUUGGAGUGCGCGUCUACUCCAUGGACGAGGAUCUUGAAGUCCGUGUCUGUAUGGAAGGUGGCGAGCUUCUCGAGAAUGGCAUGGGCAAGAAAGGGGAGGCCGAUAUCGACAAUGCCCAGGUGAACGCGGGUGGAGAGCGCGAAGAGCUGAAGCCUGACAGCUCAGAAGCCGCGAAGCCUGAUGUCGAUUCAGCCGCGAUCGAAGAGACAGAAGAAGCGGCUGAAGAGCCCAAAAGCGACGAAGAGGAGAAGAAUGAGGACUCAAAGUCGGAAAGGUCGGACAAGAAUAGUGUCGACUCAACUGACUACGACAAGCUUCACUUCGGAACUUCGACACCAGAUGUCGUCGCCGCCCCAGAAGCGACCCCAAUCGAGUCACACAAGGAGUUAUGCUAG